AUGGAAAGGGCUGUAAUCUCCUUUGUCGUAAACAGGAUUGGUGACCAACUCAUUGAAGAAGCAGUUUUCUUGAAGGAUGUGCGCCCACGAAUUGAGAGGCUGCAUAGAGAUCUGAGGGCGAUCAACUGCUUCUUGGAAGCAGCCGAUGCAAAGCAAGAGGAAGACCCAAGGGUGCGUAACUGGGUUUCAGACAUCCGAGAUGUUGCUUAUGAUGCUGAAGACGUGGUCGACAUGUUCAUCCUCAAGGCUGAGGCCCUGAGGAGAAAAAUCUUUGUCAAGCGCGUUUUCCAAAAGCCGAGGUGUCUGCAUAACCUUGGCAAGAAAAUCGAUGACGUCCAAACUAACCUCCAAGACAUCUCAAAGAGGCGGGAAAUCCUGGGAAUAAAAAAUAUUGGUGAAGGAACAAGCACUUCAACUCAGAUGCUGCAGAAUCUAAGACGGACCACUCCUCGUGCAGAAAAACAUGUCAUUGUAGGCCUGAAUGAAGAAGCCAAAGAGCUUGUGAAGCAGCUGACCAAAGGAGACCCAAGGCGCCGUGUGAUUUCUAUUGUAGGAAUGGGCGGCAUCGGCAAAACUACUCUUGCCAAGAAAAUCUAUAAUCAUAGCAGAGUUGUGGAUCAUUUUCAGUCUUGUCGUGCGUUGGUUUAUGUAUCCCAAGAUUGUAGACCCAGAGACAUCUUUCAACAAAUUCUAAACCAAUUUCCUUAUACACCAACGGGAGAUGAAGCAAGGAAGAUAGAGAAAUUGCAGGAGAACGAGUUGGGGGAUUUCCUUCAUAAACGCCUGAAGGAGAAAAGGUUUUUGGUAGUUUUGGAUGACAUAUGGGGAAGUGAUGAUUGGAAAUGUCUUGCUAAUGCAUUCCCAGAGGAGAGUGAUGGCAGUAGAUUACUUCUUACAACUAGAAAUAAGGAUGUUUCUUUGCUAGCAGAUGCUCAAAGCGUUCCCUACGAAGUGAAACUCCUCUCGGACACGGAAAGUUGGACGUUGUUUUGUAGAAGUGCAAUCCCUGACAAUGUUACUGAGAGUUGUCCUCCAGAGUUGAAGGAAUUCGGGGAAAGGAUGGUGAAAAAAUGUGCUGGUUUACCAUUGGCCAUUGUUGUAUUGGGAGGCUUGUUAUCAUCCAAAAAGCAAUUGCCUACUGAGUGGGAAAAGGUGCUCAAGAACCUACAGGCGCACUUCUCCAGUGACAAAGGAGUAGAUGCAGUAUUGAGUUUAAGCUACAUUGACUUGCCCCACAACUUGAGAUCAUGCUUUCUUUAUCUAGGCCUCUUCCCAGAAGAUCAGAUAAUCCCCACAAGAAAAUUGCUCCUCCUAUGGAUGGCAGAGGGUUUUAUCCCACAGAAAGAUGAACGAAGAAUGGAGGACACCGCUGAGGAUUAUUUGAAUGAGUUAAUCAGUAGAAACUUGGUUCAAGUAGUAACAGUGAGUGUUAAUGAGAGAGCAACAAAAUGCCAAAUUCAUGAUCUAGUACGGGAUUUAUGCAUCAAAAGGGCGAAAGAGCAGACCCUUUUUGAGAUAAAAAAGAGCGUGAGUUCAUCUUUUCCUUCAACCAAAUCCCAUCGACAGGGUAUUUAUUUUGACUUGGAGAGUGAAGAUUGGAAAUGUCUUGAAAAUGUGUUUCCAAAGAAGAACAAUGGCAGUAGAUUACUUCUUACAACUCGAAAUAGGGAUGUUGCUUUGCAAGCAGAUAUUCAGAGUGUCCCCUUGGAAAUGCAACUUCUCUCUGAAGCAGAGAGUUGGAAGCUGUUUUGUAGAACUGCAAUCCCCAAUAAUGUUAUUGACAAUUGUCCUCCAGAGUUAAAGGUAUUUGGGGAGAAGAUGGUGAAGAAAUGUGCUGGUUUGCCAUUGGCCAUUGUUGUAUUGGGAGGCUUGUUAUCAUCCAAAAAGCAGUUGCCGACUGUGUGGGAACAGGUGCUCAACAAGCUCCAGGUGCCCUUCUCUGAAGGCAAUGGUGUAGAUGCAAUAUUGAGCUUAAGUUUCAUCGAUUUGCCCCACAACUUGAAAUCAUGCUUUCUUUAUCUAGGCCUCUUUCCAGAAGAUUGGGUCAUCCCCAAGAGAGAAUUACUCCUUUUAUGGAUUACAGAGGGUUUUAUUCCACAACAAGAUGAACAAAGAAUGGAGGACACUGCUGAGGAUUAUUUGAAUGAGUUAAUCAAUAGAAAUUUGAUUCAAGUAGUAGCAGUGAGUAUUAAUGAGAGAAGUAAAAAAUGUCGGGUUCAUGAUCUAGUAAGGGAUUUAUGCAUAAAGAAGGCAAAAAAGCAAAAGCUGUUUGAGAUUCAAAAUAACAUAGUUCAUGUUCCCUCAUCUUGUUCAUCUCACCCUUCAACCAAAUGUCGUCGACAAGGGAAAUUUGACUUGGAAAUGGUUGAGUUCUCAAACUCCAUUGCCAAACUGGAGAAUCUUCGAUCCUUGUAUCUUGAGGCAUAUCCCCCCGGCAUGCCAUCCUUUGUCAUGAACUCUUGGCUACAUCUAUCUAAGCUGCAAAUAAAGGGACGCAUACCACAGUUACCUAAUGCACGUCAGUUCCCACCAAGUCUAACACAAUUAACCUUAGAAGAGACUGAGUUGGACUAUGACCCUAUGGCAAUUUUGGAGAAGCUGCAAAAAUUGUUGACUCUAAGAUUAAGGAAGGACUCAUAUCUUGGAGAGGAAAUGCAAGUAUCUGCACAUGGCUUUCCUAGACUCAAAGUAAUUCAACUUUUUGGGUUAAACCGCACGAGGAGGUUGAAUAUAGAAAAGGGUGGCAUGUCAAAGCUUACUCAGUUGCAGGUUUUUGAAAGCGUCUUGGACAUCAAUGGACUUAGCAAGCUCUUACUUCUGCAGAAGGCUGUGCUGUGCUUGAUUUUCAUCUCCAUUUCAGCAAGACAGGAAAUGGUGACAGUAUAUGGCACUUAUACUGCUGAUGAUUGCUGGGGUUAUAAGCAGCAACACAAGAAGACUGGUUUCAGGUAA